AUGGUAGAUAUAAAAGAGGAUGAUAAAGAUAAUAAAAAUGAAGUAUUGGUUACAUCACCAAACUACGGUCAACCAGUUCAGCCUCAUCAAUCGGAGUAUAUAUUUCUAGAAGGCGCUGGUUCCAAACAACGCGGACGUUUUGAAAUGUGUUACAUUGAAAUCGGUACAUGUUACACGAUAGGCGCUUCAAUCGGUAUUGCAAGAGGAAUACACAAUGGUAUGAAAAUUGUGGCGCGUGAUAAACUAACUCCUACAUAUAACAGAACACAGUUGAUAAAUAGCGUUUUAAAACAUGGAACUGAUAUAUCAAAUACAUUUGGAACGAUAAUGGUGUACUACAGUAUUUUCGGUAUAAUACUAGAGAAGACUCGAGGCGAUGAAAAUUAUAUCUGUAAUAAUAUUAUUGCUGGAACAGGCACGGGACUUUUAUAUAAAUCUACAAGUGGCCUUAGAAAUUGCGGCUUUGGUGGUCUGAUCGGCUUCGGUUUAACAAUGAUGUACAGUUUGAUUUCAUCGAGAGUUACAAUCAUUGAAAAUAUUAAAAAAGCCGUCAUCCAUUCAAAAAACUGA